AAAAUUUUUUAAAAUUGAUGAUAAAACCAGAUAUUAAUUUACAAAAAUAGUAAAAUUUGAUAGAAGAAACCCUUUUGCAACGCAAAACAAUCAAAAUCUGAGGUCCCUCGGUAUUCAACAAAAAUGGAUAUCGACGAUUUUAUGGACAUCAAUCAGCCAAUACGACGAUAUGUGAUACCCGAUAACUCGCUCGAGUUUCGACGUGAGCCGCUGCCAUCGAGUAUUUUGGAUUUGGAACCGCGUGAAAGACAAGGCACAGAAUUCUCCAAAACUCUCAGAAAUGCCCAGGAUUCCGAAUUGGUGGAUACCUUUCGAGGCCUAAGUGUUGCGGCACGUCAUCGUUUUGGCCGUAGAUCCAAUAUGGACAACAUAACGAGUGAUAAUACCGAUACCGAGUCACUUUGUGGUGUCGGUGGCAUUGAGGAUUUCGUGCAUGAAGAGCAAAUGCGGAUGCAAAAUGACAUUUACGAACGUUAUGCCUUCAAUCCGAGGCCAUUUAACCCGCAAUUGCCGAUUCACAAGUACAAAAGUGAAAUUCUUCGACGUAUUCGCGAUUCGCCCGUCAUCGUGAUUGAAGGUGAAACAGGUUGCGGCAAAAGUACACAAGUUCCGCAGUUUAUUUUGGACGAUUGUUACCAAAAUAACGCUUAUUGUAACAUUGUGGUAACGCAGCCACGUCGUAUCGCUGCCGUUUCCUUGGCGGAACAGGUUUCGCGUGAACGCGGAUACGACAAACACACCGUGGUCGGAUACCAAAUCGGACUUGAUCGGAAAACGUCAGACGAUACGAGACUUCUUUACUGCACCACCGGCGUCUUGUUGGAAAAGUUGAUCAAGAACAAACAAAUGGACAUGUACACACACAUUGUGCUGGAUGAGAUUCACGAACGCGAUGAAGACAUGGAGUUUCUGUUGAUUGCCAUUAAACGCUUCAUGAUCCGAAAUCCCUUUGACACGAAAAUUAUACUGAUGUCUGCCACCAUCGACACAAAGCAAUUUUCCUCGUAUUUCCGGCUACCAACUCCUCGAGGGGAUUUCUUAAAAGCACCAAUUUUGAAAAUUCCCGGUAAACGUCAAUAUCAAAUUUCGACGUACUAUUUGGACAACUUGGAUACUAUUCAUGGAAUGAGCGCUUUUGAGGGAGUCGAAACACCGAGAAUCACUGACAAAAUGUACAGAGUGGCACGUUCGAUCGUCAUAUCGUUCAAUAGUCCGCAAUACACUGACGAUGGCAUCUGUUUCCUCAUGUUUUUGCCCGGAAUCCAUGAAAUUAUUCAAAUGCAUCAAUUGAUGGUGGAAGAACGCAAUCGACUUGCACACAGCAACUCAAACAUCAACAUGAUCAUCUUGCCAUUACAUUCGAUAAUUUCAUCAGCUGAACAGAAGGAUGUCUUUCGUGAUGUGCGACCAAAUGAAAUUAAGAUAAUUUUGGCGACAAAUAUUGCCGAAAGCAGCAUAACCGUUCCCGACGUAAAGUUCGUCAUCGAUUUCUGUCUUACGCGCACGUUGGAAGUCGACUCAGAAACUGGCUUCUCUGUGCUCCGAUUGAAUUGGGCAUCGAAAACAAGUUGCGUUCAACGCAGUGGACGCGCUGGCAGAACCUGUGCAGGACGCGUUUACCGCCUUGUUCCAAAGGACUUUUACAAACAUCGUUUGCCGGAAAAUGAUACGCCGGCACUUGUUCGUUGCGCCUUGGAGAAAAUUGUGUUGAAAGCAAAGAAACUCGAUCCGAAUGUCGCUCCAUCAAAAAUAAUUGGUCUAGCAAUUGAGCCACCAGAUUUGACGGACAUCAAUGUGACCAUAUUGAAGUUGAAGGAAGCCCGUGGAUUACACUUUAAAGUUGGCAAAAGUUACGCCAGCGAUGACGGCGACUUGACAUUCAUGGGAAGCAUUAUGGAAGCAUUGCCGUUGGAUAUUCUUGCGACGCGAUUGAUCGUCAUGGGAUACAUGUUUAAUGCGCUUGAUGAUUGCAUUAUAAUGGCAGCUGGGCUUACCGUACAAAAGGUUUUUGCACACAAUUUUCAAAACCCGCUCAAGACAUACGUUCAAAAGCUUGCUUUUGCAAAUGGAAGUGGUAGUGAUUUGUUUGCAAUUUUACAUGCUUUUCGUUAUGCUGAAGUACGUAUCAAAACGCAAGAAUCAAAAUUCAUUGGCGGCGCUGGUCGUUACAAUCUUGAUGUCAAAGGUAUCUACGAGAUGUACCAUUUAGUAGAGGAAAUUCGUGGCCGCUUAAAAACCUUCAAAAUACAAACGCCUGAAGGUGUAAAUCAAUUCACCAUGUCCGACAAAAAUCGCAUGAUGAUCACAAAAGUCUGUAUUGCGGGAGCCUUUUAUCCGAAUUACUUCCUGCGCAAUUCGUGUCUUUCGAACGAAGAUCGCGAACGUCAAAUUUUCCACGAUUUGAAUGGACGUGAUCCCACAAACACCAUCUACUACAAAGGAAUUAGCACAGAUGAAAUGGGUUUUUUGUAUGAAGAUCAAGUCAAGCAGUAUUUCAAGCAGCGCGACGUCAUCAAGUCAAAAGACGACAUUGUCGUGUCAUUCGACGAAGGAUCACACAAAAUGUUUGUCACGUUCAAGGAUAAACAGGACUUUACAAAUAGCCGCUUAUCCAAAGAUGUUUUGCCGGGAAAUAUCAAAACGCAAGUUUACAAAGCUAUUAAAUUGGCCCGCGAACGUGAUCCACUCCGUUUGAGAAUUCUCGAUAAAGAACGCAUGUACAAGUACGCCGAAAGUAUUGGUCUUGGCAAAUACGAGAGAGGAUUAUUUGUGUAUGCCAACAAGACUGUCAGGCCUUUUGCUGAGAAACUUUGCUGCAUUCCGAGACUGAAAGACAAACAAAUCGAGGGAUACAUAAUCAAUAUCGAGACUCCAAACCGAUUUUGGAUUCAUUGCUCGCAAGAUGACAUUGUCCUGAAGGCGAUCAAUAAGAAAAUCCCGUUGGCAGACCGUUAUCCACUCCAAAGUGUCGAAAAUAUUAUUGGAAAAAAGGUUGCCGUCCAAAUUGAUGGCACUUUUUACAGAGCACAAGUCAAGUCGUCUGUCAACGAUAACGUCUCUUCGAAAUUCAAGGUGUUUUGCUUUGAUGAAGGAACCGAAUACGACGUGGAGGCGUCGCAAUUGCGAUCUAUUGAUAACAUUGAAAUCGAUGGACGACUCCUUCGCUUGGGGAGAGAUAUAAAAAUGGUUCCAUUAGCUGACAUCCCGCCACGUGUGAUUGAAGCGUCGCUAGCAGAGAUUUGUCCUUCUUAUUUGGCAUCCCCGAUGGGCCAAUGGACUUCCGAAGCCAUUGACGAGUUCAAGAGCUUGGUGAAAGAUCACAUUUACACGAUCGAGAUCUACUCAUUUUGGAAUGGCGUUUGUUCGGUAACAAUUUACGGGCACAACGGCAAAACCAUCAACGAAGAAAUGGUGGAGCGAAAACUCGCUGAAACUUGCGAAGAAUGUUAUCCGUCGAAAUAUGAUCACAGUUUACGGUACAGGGCACAAAACUUUUCCUCGCCGGACGACACUCAUGCUUAUCAAGAAAUCAUUGAUUACCUCAAGGAAUUUUAUCGUGUGCCAGUAAAACCACCUCCAAUAACGAUUUGUAGUAAAGCGGUGCAAUUACGUGGUCCAGUGUCGCCAUUGGAAACGACAAUUUAUUCGACAAUCCGAUCCGGUUACACAAAGUGCAUGCAAAUUGAGAGAUUUUCUGUCAAUAGUGUGUUCAUGGACACAGAUUCGCACGAUCCGACGGAACGUUUAGUGGUUGCUGCAACAUGUGGAACAAACGAAGCUGGAAACGGCCUAAUUUUGCGUAAUACGACUGUCAUGCCCAACAUACGGGGCUUUGGUACGUUGAUGGCGAUGUUAUUUGCGCCCGUGGUUGAAGUCCAUCCGGAUGGGGAAUGUACGCGAUACAAUUCGUUGUUGUGUGGCUUGGGCUACAAUCCGAAACGCGGAAAGGGAUUUUACGAGGAACACGAUCUGAUAAUGAAUAUUGAUUGUUCAUUAGACCAACAGGAUAUGCUGAUUAUCAAUAAGAUGCGUUACACAAUGAGUGCUAUUUUACACACCAACGAAAAUGAAUUGAUCCCCAAUAAUCCCGAAAUCAACAUACUUACCCUGCAGAAGAGUCUAAUCAAGGACUUGCUUGAAUUCGUCGAAAAACCUCGUCCUUUGCACGAUAUCCGUCCAUUGGGGGCAAAUGAUCAUCGCUGGGGUCUACAUCCCAGUUACAAGAUGUACGAAGUAACCGGCACAAAUAUUUAUGGCGAUCGUGCAACGUUCCCGUCUUUCUCCUUUGUCGGUUUGAAAGAAAAAACGUUCAAACAGAUGGAAGAUUUUCGCAAGAACAAUGAACGCUUGCACAAAAUCGCAUUUUGCAAUGAACAGUUGGGCGUUGAGGUGAAAUGUCUUUUGUGCUCCAAGUUACUUAUCACCGUGCCCGAAGUGCAAAUUCAUUUGUUCACAAAAAUCCACAAAGAUCGUACGCAGGAAUACGAUGCAGAAUUCGAUGCGGUCAAGUGUAUGCCAGUUACGAAGCAAAUCUUACACGAGAGUUUCCUAAAUGCUUCUUUCUAUUAAUUUGAUUCUUUCUUUUACUAACAUAACCAUUAUUCUAUUAUUCUAUGCAAUUAUCUUGUUAGUGAAUUAAAAUAAAUAUUUCUAAAAUUCUAA